GGAGAGAGGAGGACCACGCUUGGGAGAGAAAGGUAUUGGGAACAGCUGCUCUGGCUUUCGCUCCUUCCCAAACGCACCGCGCCAGCACCAAGCAUGGGCAGAACUCUGCCUCUGCCCAGAAGAUCAGGCUGGAUCCAUCUGUUGACAGCCGCGGCGGCUGUCUGCUUCUGGGGGGCAGAAGGCAAGGUAUAUUAUUCCUGUGGUGCGCAGCUCAACUCAAUGGAAAGAGGACUUAUUUUAUCUCCUGGUUUCCCAAACAACUACUCGUCAGGCAUGCACUGUAUUUGGCAGUUCUUUAUCCCCGCUAGAACAUACCUAAUGUUGGAAAUUUUUGACUUUGAUGUCUUUGAAGGCAUAAGUGAGAACUCCAAUGCCUGGGAUGAUUUUCUUUCUCUUCCAAAAAAUGCAAACAAGGAAUUCUCCCCCAGUGAGGAAAAUACAGACCUUUCCACCGUCUUUCCUACCAAGAGUUCUGCUCUCCAAGAAUCCCACUCAGAGGAUUUUUAUAAUCGUUCCGAUGGAUUUCCAGAAGCUACUUCUCAAAAACAUGAGUCCAAACAGUUUCAGCCAAUAGAGGAACCCAAAGAGUUAGCCAUUACUCAGCCAAGUGAACUGCCGUUCAUGGGAGCAACCACCUUGCCAAGACAAACAAUUGGUGGAGUAAAGGGGCAGGAUAAAGACCCAAAGAAUAAAACACUGUUUGCUCACCUCAGUGCUAGGGGGAGAAGUAAGGCUUCCGAAGGCCAUGAACAACAUUUAGGAGAUGUGGCUUUUGAAGAGAAUGUGGCCAUUUCGACAGUGCUAUUGCCAACGGAUACCUCCUCUACCCCACAGGCCUCCGGUGAUGUUUGCCCCCAUGAUGUCUUAUAUGUCUCUGACCUCAUUGCCUUUUCUUCUCGCUUCUGUGGGACCAAUUCACCGUUGAACAAGGACAUGACUUUUGGGUCUUCUCUAAAGAUGGUAGAAGUCAUUAUAGAGCUGAUCACGACCACAGAUCGCGGACGAGGCUUUGCGAUGCUGUUUGAGUACAAAAAUGAUACGGAACCGAUGGCCGCGAACGACUCAAAAGAAGGGAAAGAAAAUGUUAUGAUUCUGGUCAUCAUAACAGGGAUCCUCUUCUUCGCACUUGUUCUUUUGUCCUCACUCUGUAUAGCUUGCAGGCAGAAAUUAUGCCCCAAAAGAAACUCUUUGGAUGCACACGGUGACCAAGAGAAUGGAGUCCAGAAUGCCACCGUCAACCUCAAUGACCUCCGGUUGGUGAUGCCAAGUCAAGAGAAUGAAAAUAACAACCACUCCGUUGGUGGAAAUGGAGCAGUCACUUCCUGUGAUGGCAGUAUGGAGUGCUCUUCUCCUCACACAGAUCCGGAUGUGCCUUCUUCAAUGUCGGGUGUGACCACUGAGUCUGGAAGUGAUGAGGUGUUUAUUAUUUCAGCCAGCUCCGGAGCUGGCGGCUUGAGUUUUACCUCCUAUAGAAUACAGGACAAAAAACUAAAGAGAAGCAUCACAAGUCCAGGUUCAGUUUCUGAGUGGCUGACAGCUGAUCCAACGGAAUCAGGCAUCAGGGCUGCAGAGAAAGGGUUGGCACAAACAGAGAGCCAUUGUCCAAUGCAACAGACAUGGAGAGCACGCACCUUUCAUGACUUACUGGCUCCAUUGCCUCAGCUGCAGAAAAAAUGGUGCAGCUGGACCACUAACAGUCCUUUUACCAAACUGGUGAACAGUGGCGGCUUUUCUACACCAAUGAGAAACCAGAGCGCAGUUACUCGGAAAGUAACCUCAGCUGCAGAAAUAGAGGGCGUCUCUGAAGUGGCUUACUCUGACUCAUCAGCCAGUACCGCAUCUUACCCACUGACGCAUUCAGCCCAGAAACAGCGCAAGUUGAGCAGCAGCUGCAACUUGAAGAGAUCCCGAUUUGGAAAUCCUUACUUUGGAUUUUUAACGAGCUCCCCCGAUGGCCACCGCCCAAGGCUCCCUGAUCAUUCCAAGCAUAUGGGCACUCGAUCGCCGGUCAACAGCCCAGUAAACGACCCCUCUGAAGUCCAGCUCAAAAGCAACCAGGCCAACGGCUCAAAAUCCAAGGAGCUCUCUCUGGAAAUGGACAAACCCAAACCUGUUUUUGUUAUUUCCGAAGAAGGGGAUGACCAGCAGCCUCUGGUUUUAGCAGAGCAUAUGAAUCAAUGCGUGGAUGCUUUAGCGGAGCCAAAUGCUGCUAUCCAUAACCUUGGAAUGGCCAUGGUGGAUGAGCAGCCACUGGGACUGGCUCUUCGAGGAGAAGGCUUGGUUGAGUCCACCCAGGACAGGGAAGACCUAGAUCUUUGGGGAGAGUACCCCAGUUCAUACCAAGAUUCCUUGAAGGGCAGCAGUGCUUCCAAGGCUCAAAGCUAUGUGCCUGAUUCGGACAGUGAUCUCACCAACGCUCAUCAGAACUUCGAUUCCUUAGCCUCUCACAGGUUGUGUCAAACCUCAGUCCAAUAAACUGUCCCACACGUGGUAUCCACACAGACUCUGAAUGUCCAGACAUGUGGAGAUGGAAGCAAGAAAGACAA